GUUUCCUUCCGAUUCCGAGGGCGAGUUUCUGCCGCUGGACGAACCGCCGCCAGGGUGUAAUGUAACCACCCCGUCCUUCCGCUUACUCGAAAAACUCUUCCUCUCUGCAACCGCGCAGCCAUGGCGAUGAGGUUGUUGCCGCGCCUAUGCCUGCUCCUGUGUUCUCUCGUCGGCGCCGCGCGUUCCUCGUCGCCGCCGGCGCUUCAGAGGCUCAAUGCAAGCGCCGCUGAAAACCCCCAUAUACCACCGGGUGUUGGCCGUGCCCUCUCGGCCCCUCUCAUCGGCCACGGGGGCCGCCUCGUCGCUUGCUCCGGGAAGAACCUACUCGCUUUCGAGCCAAACGGAACCUUCGCGUGGAUCAUUCCCCUUGGAUACAACUGUAAACAAGAUAUCGGCUUGGUUGCCGAGAGGGACAAGAUAUACUUGGUGGCAGAAGAUAAGGUCAUAAAAGUAACUCCACAAAACCUACACACUAGUGCCCCAACAUCACAAGUGUUUUUCAGUCACGGUUCACCACCAGGGAGGUCUGAGGAGAUCAUCGGCCUAUCGACCAGCAGCAGCUAUGCAUCUCUUUUCAUCACCAUUAGGAACCGUGGCCUUUUCUCUAUCUCGUUGCGUGACGGGAAGCUGCAGUGGAGUGCCGGGCCUGUGGUGGAUCGCUUCGGUUACCGUCUAGGCUGCAAGGGCAACAACAUCUCAGCCUGCUAUUUCAAUUCAUCUCCAAUUGUUGAUCAAUGCGAGGGCACUCUUUAUAUAUCAAAUACCGAAGGCCAGCUCUAUUCCAUGUACAUUCAUAGCCGUCAGUAUAGAUGGGUCCAAGACUUGAGCUCGAUCGACAAAGUCGUGACAGUUGCACCGGGAAAUAAUGGCCGCCUAUACAUUGUCCUUCCGAGAAAGUCAACUGUGAUGGGGCUCGAUGUACUGUCAGGAAACAUUUCAUGGCAGCUGAAUGUUGGUCCACUUAGUAAUGAGAAAAUCUUGCCAGCUGUGGAUUCCAAUGGUUGGAUAUCAAUUGGCUCGUUAGAUGGGAUCUUGUAUUCAAUUUCUCCUGAUGGUGAUAUCAGAAAGUUUCUUCAAAGAACAGCACCUAACUCAGUCAUCCAGUCAAGUCCAGUCCUGGACUGCUCAGGGUUUUCAGUCUACAUCAGCCAGACCAUAAUGGAGGCAAAAUCAAGUCAAACUAUCAGUGAUUACGCCUAUGUAUCGGCGAUGAAGCCAUCAAGCAUCUUGUUUACUCUGUUGGCUCCAGCAACUGGAACGGUCUACUGGACUGAAAAGUAUCCUGGAGAAUUAUCGAAUUUGUUGUCCAGUAGUGACCUGGACUACUUUACACUAGAUGAGACCAUUCUUCUCACUGCUCUAUCUUCUGCAAGAAUCGGCAACGCCGUGCAAUGCUACACGAGAAGGCAAAAGAUUGCUUGGACUUGCAGAAAAGCAAAACCAAAGUUUGUUCAUGGUGAUCCAGGUGACCACAACCAUGUCCUUCUGUUGUUCUUUUUCCAACUCAUUGUCAUUGUGGUGCAAGCGGUAAUUGUGCGGUUUUGCUGCAUCUUCUGGAGGAAGAAAAAGCUUCAAAACAAUGGCUUGCAAAAGUUCCUGGAAAAGAGGCGUUCUCUUCACAGCAAGAGGAGAGUCUUAGGCAAGAUUAUCUCCGAGUUAGAGCAGAAGGUGGUCAAAGACGUCGAAGACGCCUCUUCAAACGAAACUUUAGAGCAAUUGGGUGAAAUGGUGAAAGCCAAGGAUGGUGUUGAGAGGAAGCUGUACACAUCAUACAGUCUUGGCAGGGAUGUCCUGGGCUUGAGACAAGGCUCUUCCAUAUUGCCUCUUCACAAUGGAAAGCACAAGAGUCACUCAUUUCACGGCGCACAGAGAGAAAGCAUUACGGUCUUUAAUACGCUCAGCGAGAGCUCUACUUCGGAGGAUAGAACAAGCAGUAGCUACUCAAGUGACAGUGGGAGCUGCAGCAGUGGUAGUAGCUUUGAAGAAAUGGAACUGGACACAAGAUCCAAGUCAGCAGAAGAGGCUGGACCUUCAGAUGAUAUUGCCAAGGAAGCUCAAGACAAAUUGCCAGUAGAAAUCGCAUCAUCGUAUCAGGCAUUUAUGAAUCCGUUGUAUGUGCAAGGAGAAAGCAGUAGCAAAUCACCGUCGCAGAGGGAAGAAUUUCCGAUGGAGACCAUGCGGCACGAUCUUGCACCAACCAAGAGAAUGUGGCUGAAGAGGAGGCGAAGUCUGUCCUCAACAAACUGAUAUGUAACUCAACGAAUUAGAUGAAGAUUUAGCUUGCUUGAUUGUCGAUGGUAAUUAUGUUCCUAGAAAACUAGGAUGUUAUUUAUUGUGGUUCAUUUGUACAAGUUUAUACUCAGAUGCAUAUGGAGCUGGUUCUGUUUCUUCUUCUUGCAGGGCAUCAUUCAUUUUGAUUCAGAUUGCAUACAAACAACAAAAGUG